AUGCGGACCUCAACGGCUCCCUCUGCUGUCCUCCCUCCGCCUACCUGCUCCUCCCGUCUUUUUCCGCUCCGCAGCUUCAUCGGUCUCCGGUGGUCCGCCCCCCGUUUCCAGGUUAGGGAGCGAGCCGGUGCGUCCGUAGCUGUUGUCAAUGGCAAGCGGGGAUGCAGCUUCAGACUCGGUGUACCUACUUUAAAUGUUUGUCAAUCUCGUCAAAGGGCUGUUGUCAUUAGAAAUGAACAUGCUCAAAAUGCUGACUUUCCACGAAAAUAUUCAAAAAGAGAGAAGAAACCAUUUCCCAUUCCAGUGCUGGAGUUGAGGCGCCGAGCAAAGGCGAGGAUGAAGGCAGCACAAGGGAAACCGAAACAACCAAUGCCUCCACCAAAAAACGGAAUGCUAGUGCAUAGACUUAUACCAGUUGCAUACAAAGUGUACAAUGCAAGAAUUUUGCUGAUCAACAACUUGAAGAGGCUUAUGAAAGUAGUACCAGUAAAAGGCUGCAAGUAUUGCAGUGAGAUACAUGUUGGAUCUGUUGGACAUCCUUUCCGAACAUGCCGAGGAAUGUCAGCAGCUCAACGUAGAGGAGAACAUGACUGGGGAAGUACUCUAGUGGAAGCUGUUUUCUUACCCGUCGAAGCCUAUCAUCUAGAGGACCGUCUAGGGCCGCGCAUCCCUCAUGAUCAGAGGUUUUCUGUACCCCGCAUUCCCGCUCUUGUGGAACUUUGCAUCCAAGCUGGAGUUGACCUUCCUGAGUAUCCCACAAAGCGUCGAAGAAAGCCUAUAAUUAAAAUUGGAAGAAAAGAGUUUGUUGAUGCAAAUGAAGAUGACCUACCAGAACCAGAGCCUGACAGAUUUAAGCAGCCACUUCUUGAGGAAUUACAUUACGAUAAGAUUAUUGCUCCAUCUAGCCCUGAGGAGACAGCGGCUCUUGCUGAGGAGACACUUGAAGCAUGGGAAGCCGUUAGGGAUGGUGCCUUGAAGCUUAUGAAAGGUUAUGCAGUGAGGGUUUGCGGAUACUGCCCUGAGGUCCAUGUUGGGCCAACUGGCCACAAAGCACGCAACUGUGGAGCUUUUAAGCACCAGCAGAGGAAUGGACAACAUGGAUGGCAAGCAGCGGUGCUCGAUGACCUAAUACCUCCUAGAUACGUCUGGCACAUGCCUGAAUCGGGGGAGGAACUGCAGAGGGAGCUAAAGACCUUCUAUGGUCAGGCACCAGCUGUUGUUGAGAUAUGCAUUCAGGGUGGUGCAAAAGUUCCGGAGAAGUACAAAGCCACUAUGAGACUAGAUAUAGGAAUUCCCUCUAGUUUGAAGGAGGCUGAAAUGGUCGUCUGA